AUGUCUGCGCUUGUGCAAAUUUGGCAGGGAUUCGAUCUCCCCUCUGUGCGGGAUUUGCAAAUAGAGCGGUGCCCAGAGCCAACUUGCAAAGGCACAUGGACAAGGCCCAAAGCCCAAACUUGGGCCACAUGUCCUGCCUGUGGAACACAGGUCAUUAGCGCUGAAUACGAGACUGAAUUCGAAAGCUCUUCAGCCACCGACUUUCGCACACCCGGAUCCCCAAGGAUACUCUUCCCCGAAAGAUCGGGGAGAAAUGACGCAAAUAGAUCACGACGUGCGGAAUAUAGACAAUCUAGACGAGUGGAACGACUCCCGGAAGGGGAAGACAUGGAAGACGAUUCUGACAUAGACAUAGAAGAUAUCUCUACCUUCAAACGGGUUGUGCGUAGGGUUGUGCGUCGGCUUGAAGCUUUUGACGCACUUAGCCCUGACGACACAGAGUCUGUUUUCAGCUUUGAGGACCCUUGGACCGUAUAUUCCGACGCUGCCUCGUUCCCGGAGAUGAACUACCAACAAGCUGCGGUGAUCUAUAUAGUGAAGACACUAACUGGCGACUCGGAGCUACUGGCCCUAUACAAGGAGGCAGCUCAGAUAAUGAGUAAAGACAGGUUCAUGAGAAAUCACAUACGUUUGCUGAGGAAACUUCACCGGGACAUUCUUUCGGAGGCACAUGGUCCAACCCAGAUAUCAGCUGCCCGUUUCUUGGGAUCGAUUCGUCACCGCAUCUCUUCAGCAAUUCACGUCAUCGUCAUGCCCACCAAAUAUACCGUUCGAGAGAAAGUGAACACCAUGCUCGAGCAGGGGAAAGAUAGUCUUCUCCUACUUGAACGUCUGCUAGUUGAAACAUCUUCUACCGCACAGCUAGCACCGAUAUAUACCGAUGAUAAAAUAUCUGACAGCAAGCUAGGUACGCAACUUCACACUUCACAUAGUGCAGACACCGCUAAUGGGGAGGGUGAAGAUCAUUGUAGCCAUGAGGAUAGAAGCGGCGGUGAAUAUGAGCCGAUUGAGGAAGAUACCACGCUAUUCGAACUAGAAUCAACUGCAAAGUUCGUUACCUCCGCAAGAUCCUUUGACCUGUUUAAAGAGGACGUCCGUGGAUUUCUUUAUGCUGCGUCUAAGGACGGCUAA